CCAUCGCCAUUUUUCUUGUUAUGGUAGACAGUUAUCUGCGUUUUCGUGGUCCUGUAAAGAUUUGUCGUUAACUUUAGGAUUUAACGUCUCUGUUCGCUGCUUGUUUGUAUUGUUCCUUUUAAAAAGAAGCUUCGCGGGAUAAAGAAAACAAGAUGGCGCAGUACAAAGGAGCCGCCAGCGAGGCCGGCAGGGCGAUGCAGCUGAUGAAGAAACGAGAGAAAGAAAGGGAGCAACUCGAGCAGCUGAAACAGAAGAUAGCAGAGGAUAACAUGGUCAAAGCAAACAUUGAUAAGAAAUUCUCCGCUCACUACGAUGCUGUGGAGGCAGAGCUGAAGUCCAGCACAGUUGGUCUGGUGACCCUGAAUGACAUGAAAGCCAAGCAGGAGGCGCUGGUGAAGGAACGAGAGAAGCAGCUGGCCAAAAAGGAGCAGUCCAAAGAGCUCCAGCUCAAGCUUGAAAAACAGAAGGAGAAGAAGAGAAAGGAGGAGCAGAAAAGAAAAAUUGCCAGUUUAUCUUUUAAUCCCGAUGAUGAAGAGGAGGAGGAAGACGAAGAUUAUGAUGAAGACGAUGAUGAUGAUGAUGAUGAAGACAAGAAUGAAGAGGAAGAUCUGGAUUGUGGGCCAGUUAAGAAGAGAAAACUGGGGAAAAACCCAGACGUGGACACGAGUUUUCUUCCAGAUCGAGACCGAGAGGAGGAGGAGAAUCGCCUCCGAGAGGAGCUCAGGCAGGAGUGGGAGCUGAAGCAGGAGAAGAUCAAGAAUGAGGAGAUUGAAAUUACCUUCAGCUACUGGGACGGCUCCGGACAUCGGAAAACCGUGAAGAUGAAGAAGGGGAACACCAUCCAGAACUUCCUGCAGAAGGCCCUGGAGGUCCUCAGGAAGGACUUCAGCGAGCUCAGGUCUGCUGGAGUGGAGCAGCUCAUGUACAUCAAAGAAGAUCUGAUAAUCCCUCAUCAUCACAGUUUUUACGACUUCAUUGUGACCAAAGCCCGAGGAAAGUCCGGUCCUUUGUUCAGCUUCGACGUCCACGACGACAUCCGUCUGGUGAACGACGCCACCGUGGAGAAAGACGAGUCUCAUGCAGGGAAAGUGGUGCUGAGGAGCUGGUAUGAGAAGAACAAACACAUUUUUCCUGCAAGUCGCUGGGAGCCGUAUGAUCCUGAGAAGAAAUGGGACAAAUACACGAUUCGAUGAUCAUCAGAAUCGAGCUCUGGCGUCUUCGUGGGAAUGUUUUCUUGUGUCUCCUUUACUUUUUCAGAGUUUCACAAAUGGAAAUAUUUUACUUUUGUAUUUGUAGUACUUUCUCCUGCCCUCCCAGACUUAUUAAAAUCCCCCCCCCCCCCCCUGUAAAUAACCGUCGUCGUGUCGGUGUCGUAAAUGAUGGAAAUGUCGGAGCAUCUGUAUCUAAUA